AGGGAGGGCUGCCGGGGAAGGCUCAGGCAGACCAGGAACUUUGGCUUUCAAUCCGAUGGGACUAGGGAGCCAUGGCAGGUGUUUGCGCAGCGAGGGGUCGGCUGUGCUCAGGGCUCUGGGCUGGCCGUGAACUGGGGGGUGGAUGGGAGGAGCCCAGGUGAGAGGCAGUUAGAAGGGCCAGGGGUAACUGUCACAAGCUUGAAUGAGGGUGAAAGUCACUGGAGGAGGAAGACACCAGGGGACACGCAGCCGACGUCAGAACAGCCCAGGGCGCUGAGGAAAGCCGCAGCUGGGACAACCUGGAGGGAGGGGCGUGCAGGCAGUGGGGUGGGACACGCACAGGCAGUGGGGUGGCAUCACGGGCCCCGCACCUGGCAGGUGCCCAGUACAGAGACCAUCCAUGGGAGGAAGGAGGCCAUCGUGGCUCUAGGUCAGCACAGGUCAUGCUUUCUCCCCGUUCCCACAGCUCUGCCUUCUACACCCCCUGCCCGGUGCCCCGGAAGAACCCUGCUGGGCCAGCAGGGGCAGUACCAGCCUAGUCCCGUGUCUACCGCGCACCCAUAUGGCUUCCUCUCCAUCCACCCUCCCCCUCCCUGUCCUUAUCUUUCCCUCCCGUCUCCAUGGCGACUCACCACCCCGGCUUGCCUGCAUCCCAGCCUCUGCCAGGGAUUCUGGGCCCGGCUCCGUCCCUCCCUCCGGAGCCCUGGUUCCUGCAGUCCUGUCUCCUCCCCCUGGGGUGAGUCCAGAGGCAGCCUCCUCUUUCCCGACUGUCACAUCCAUUUUCCAGCCCUGCCGACUUGUGUCCUCUGGGGAGACCCCCCCACCAGCCUCCACUGGCCACAGCUCCGCCAGCCCUUCCGGGAGGGAAGCCAGCCUCAGCGCCGCCAAAGGUCUCCUGGGUGUCCUGCCUGCUCCCGGACCCUCUCCCGGACCCUCUCCCCACGCCAGCCUCCCAUGCCGAGGUCUGCCUUGUCAGUCAUUUCCUUUUGUCACCGGCUUGGCAAACAGGAGAGAAAACAGAGCUUCAUGGGCAACAGCAGCAACAGUUGGUCCCACGCACCAUUCCCCAAGUUGGACCUGGGGCUGGGGUCCCGACCUGUGGCACCCCGGGAGCCGCCCGCCUGCUCCAUCUGCCUGGAGAGGCCGCGCGAGCCCAUCUCUCUGGACUGUGGCCACGACUUCUGCCCGCGGUGCUUCAGCACCCACCGUGUCCCCGGCUGCGGGCCACCCUGCUGCCCCGAGUGCCGCAAGACCUGCAAGCAGAAGGGCCUCCGGGGCCUGGGGGAGAGGAUGAAGCUCCUGCCGCGGAGGCCGCUGCCCACUGCGCUGCAGGAGACCUGCGCGGUGAGGGCCCAGCCGCUGCUGCUGGUGCGUGUCAACGCCUCCGGGGGCCUCAUCCUGAGGAUGGGGGCCGUCAACCGCUGCCUGAAGCACCCGCUGGCCAGGGACACCCCCGUCUGCCUCCUUGCUGUCCUGGGAGAGCGGCACUCAGGGAAGACCUUCCUGCUGAACCACCUGCUUCAGGGCCUGCCCGGACUGGAGCCCGGCGAGGGCGGCUGGCCGAGGGAAGGGUGCUCCGGACAGGGCUUCCGGUGGGGAGCCAACAGCCUCACCAGGGGCCUCUGGAUGUGGAGCCAUCCCUUCCUGCUGGGGAAGGAGGGGAGGAAGGUGGCCGUGUUCCUGGUGGACACGGGGGACGCCAUGAGCCCUGAACUGAGCAGGGAAACGAGGACCCGGCUCUGCGCCCUCACCUCCAUGCUGAGCUCCUACCAGAUCCUCACGGCCUUCCAGGAGCUGAAAGAUACAGACCUGGAAUAUCUGGAGAUGUUUGUCCACGUGGCCGAGGUGAUGGGCAGGCAUUAUGGGAUGGUGCCAAUCCAGCACCUGGACCUCUUAGUUCGUGACUCAUCCCACCCCAGCAAGGCGGGGCAGGGGCAUGUAGGCGACAUGAUCAAGGUGAGGGAGGGGAUGGGGCGGAGGUGUAGACGGGGCAGAAGGUCAGUUAGCCAGGGAGGGGUCCUGUCAGCGAGACUCUCUCCCUCAGACACAGAUGAUGAUGCUGGCCCCCUCCGCGCCUACGUGGCCGACGUGCUGAGCGCGGCCCCCCAGCACGCCAAGAGCCGCUGCCAGGGCUACUGGAGCGAGGGGCGCCCCGCGGCCCGGGGGGACAGACGCCUGCUCACGGGGCAGCAGCUGGCUCAGGAAAUCAAGAACCUCUCGGGCUGGAUGGGCAGGACGGGGCCUGGGUGCGCCUCUCCGGAUGAGAUGGCUGCCCAGCUGCACGACCUUCGGACGGUGGAAGCUGCCAAGAAGGAGUUUGAGGAGUACUUGCGGCAGCAGGACGUGGCCACCAAGCGCAUAUUCUCUGCGCUCCGGGUGCUGCCAGACACCAUGCGGAACCUCCUGUCGACCCAGAAGGACGCGCUCCUGGCUCGGCACGGGGCGGCCUUGCUAUGCACGGGGAGGGAGCAGACCUUAGAGGCCCUGGAGGCCGAGCUGCAGGCCGAGGCCAAGGCCUUCAUGGACUCCUACACCGUGCGCUUCUGCGGCCACCUGGCCGCUGUGGGCGGUGCCGUGGGCGCAGGGCUCAUGGGCCUGGCGGGGGGCGUGGUGGGUGCCGGCAUGGCCGCCGCGGCGCUGGCCGCAGAAGCUGGGAUGGUGGCCGCAGGAGCUGCAGUGGGGGCCACGGGGGCAGCCGUGGUCGGGGGAGGCGUGGGUGCCGGGUUGGCGGCCACGGUGGGCUGCAUGGAGAGGGAGGAGGACGAGAGAGUGCAGGAGGGGGACCGGGCGCCCCUGCUGCAGGAGGAGUGACCGCCCGCCAGAUGCUCCAGGGAAGGAGAGCUGCCGGGGGGAGGGGAGGGAUGGGGGCCGCUGUUCCGAGGGCCCCUGUGUGCCACACCACCCUGGUUGAACGCCCCAUCUGGGUGGUGACUGGUGACCGAGAAUCGAGGAGACCUCAGGGCCGGCGGCAGGGUAUGAGCCUGAACAGAGUCUGGGGCUGUAUCUGUUGCAGACGACUGCUAACCUGCCUCUCUUCCCAGAUAAACUGGGCCCCAGGGUCUCCCGCCAAGAUUGUGGCCCACCCUCCCCGCCCUGGCUUAUUUCCCGAGAUGGUAGGGGGGCUAAGCGGGCGCCAUUCUGGAAGUCUCCCCUUCAGAGGCGGGAGCAGCCCCAGGAUGGGUGACCUAGGUGUUCAAGAUUGGGACCCCUGAUAAGAGGCUGGGGAAGGAACAGGAGGGGCCACCGGGCAAAGCCAGAGAGUCCGGGUGGUGCACGGUGGCCUACCCCCCUGAGUGGAGACUCUUUCCAAAGCUACCCCAGCAGGACGGGGGCCACCCCCUUCUCCCGCAGCCCCGGGGAGCCCACAUGUGCACCGGGAAUGGGGUUCCCUUACGUGUCCCUCGUGGUUGUGCCCUUUGUCCAGCCUGGUCAGUGCCCAUGUUCUUUGUGGAAUGCCAUCCCAGCAACGGGUCAAAAGCCAAAGAAAACACCUGUAGUUGCAUUCUGAGCUACAUCAACAGCCCUCAUAGCAGAUUCUAUGAAAGUCCUGGGGGACACAUCCACGGAACAUGCCCGCCCCCCUCAGCCUAGGGGAGACACCUCCGUCCAUGUUAGCAGGAGACCUGGAUGCAGCCCCCAGGAGGACAGCAGAGCCCCACAAGGAGGGCUUCUAGGCUAUUAAACUGCAAAGGAUUAAUGGGCGCAUCGUAUGCAAAAUAAAAUGUGUGUGCUUGA